UAAAAUGGAAGUCGAUCUCAUCAAAAGAAUCAGGGCUAAGAAAAGCUUAAAAGACUGUAAAUUCUGGGUAACUAGAGGAUGGUGUAGACAUGAUGAUAAUUGCAAGUUCAUUCAUGAUCCAGACAAACAAGCUCCAGUGAAAACUAUUCCCUUCCCAAGCAAAGCUGCUGAAAAACAGUUGGAAGGUUCGCCUCCAAAAUCUCUUCAGUUAUCUAAGAGAUGCUUUAUGCCACCAGUUCGAACUUUAAAACCUGCAGAAGAAGAGUCAAAGAAAGAUAUAUAAUAAAAUCAUUGUUAAAAACAACUGAAAUAACUUUGCAAAGACUUAAAGAAUGCACUGCAAGUGAUAUUAGUGGGGCUCCUCUUACUGAUCCUUGAUUAACCCCUUCAAUGCAUAUUGCAAACAAGGAUGAGUUGCUUUCAGGAAAUAUUGACCACAAAUUUAUGAAGGUUAAGAAAUAACCUCCAGAUAAAUUUUGUCAAGGAGUUUAUCAAACUCAGAGAUAAUCUAGUCAUAAUGUACAAUUCAGACAAGGCCAGAGUUGAAACUCUGCUUCAGAAUCAGAGCAAUGAUUUUCUCAGUAAGACUGAGGAUGAGAAGAUCCAAGAUUUGCAGGAGAGAAUCAACACCAAGGACACUCGUAUCUAUGAGCUUAGUCUAAAGAUACAAGAUUUGAAAGAUCACUCUAUUUCUCAGAUCCAGCUGGAAGAUGCGAAGAAAAAGAUCACUAAACUUCUUUUAAAGAAUAAAUAAACUUGAGGAGCAAAAUAAAGAAUUUCAGGCUCUACUGAAAGAAGAGUUGGAGAAACCAAAAGACAUCCUAGAAGAGAUGGUACUUGAAAAGGAUGAAGAAAUCUGUCUGCUGCAGAAAAAGGCAAGUUCAAACUCAGGAAUUCAACUCUACAAUGAAAUAAAGCAACUACUAUUCUGUGAAAUUCAAGAGAAACCUCUUCAGAAGGCCUUUAUUGCUCCUUCUGGGAAUACUUACUGUGAAGAGGUUAUUGAUUUCUACAUGAAUAAACCAGAUCCGAAAGACAGUGGCAAAUUGAUCAAAACUAAAACCAGAAAUCUCCUUGUCGAGGAGAUCUAUAAUUGCGUUCAGGAGUUUGACAAAAGUUUCCUAAAGGAUUAG